CCGGGAAGGAAGUAUAAAUACGAAGGGCUCAGCAGCCCACUCGGUACUUCCCAGGCGGGGAGGAGGCAGGAGCGCAGGACAGGGCGCCAGCUGCUCGUGCUCAGCUCCGCUGGCGGGCGGGUGCAGGAGGAGCGGGCUGCGCGAACCGGAGGGGCCGCCAGGGGACCGCCGCCGCCUGCUGCCGCUGGCCGAGCGGGCCCUGCAUCUAAUUGAUCGUUUUCCUGGAGAGAGCGGCGGGGCCAGCACCUGCCCACGUCGGGCGGGCUUCUUCUCCCUUCCCGCGCAUCGGAACCGCAGCCCCGAUGUUCCCUGACCCGCCGCCGCCCGGUGGCCGUCCCUUCUGCUGCUGCUGCUGCUGCCGCUGCUGCUGCCCCCGCCGCCGCUCGCUUGCGGCGCCCUGGCCAAACCCGCGGGGAGCGAGGGGCUGGACUCAGAAGUGGUGGUGCCCAAACGGUUGCGGGGCAGCGCGGGCGCGCUUUCGAUCCACCUGUCAGCUUUCGGCCAGGACUUCGUGCUGCACCUGGCGCCCGACGCCAGCUUCCUGGCUCCCAAGUUCAAGAUCGAGCGUCUCCGGGACACUGGCGGGGCGGCCGGGGACUCCGACGGGGCGCACAAGGACGAGCAGAGGCUGCGCGGCUGCUUCUUCUCCGGCACCGUGAAUGGGGAGCCCGAGUCGCUGGCGGCUGUCAGCCUGUGCCGCGGGCUGAGUGGCUCCUUCCUGCUGGCGGGCGAGGAGUUCACCAUCCAGCCCCAAGGCGCAGGGGACUCCCUGGACCAGCCGCACGUCCUGCAGCGCUGGGGGCUCGUGGCGCAUUGGGGGCUCGUGGCGCCCGGCGGGGACCCCGGGUUCGCCUCCGCAGAAGCCCUCCCCCUCCCUCAAGGAUCCGAGUGGGAGGGAGAAAAUGAUGAAGAGGAGGAUGAGGGGGAGGAGCGCAAAGAGGAAGCAGAAGGUGCCAGCGAACUGCCACCACCCUUGGAGGCCACGAGUAGGACCAAGCGCUUUGUGUCUGAGGCUCGCUUUGUGGAAACGCUGCUGGUGGCCGAUGCGUCCAUGGAUGCCUUCUAUGGGGACGAUCUGCAGAACCACAUCCUCACCCUGAUGUCCAUGGCAGCCCUCAUCUUCAAGCAUCCCAGCAUCAGGAACUCCAUCAGCCUUGUGGUGGUCAAAAUGGUGAUAGUGGAAGAUGAAAAACAGGGCCCAGAGGUGUCAGACAAUGGUGGGCUCACAUUACGCCACUUCUGCAGCUGGCAGCGGCUUUUCAACAAGCCUAGUGACCGCCAUCCAGAGCACUAUGACACAGCCAUCAUGCUCACCAGACAGAAAUUCUGUGGGAAGGAGGGGAAGUGUAACACCCUGGGUAUGGCGGACAUCGGCACCAUAUGCGACCCCAACAAGAGCUGCUCCGUGAUCAAGGAUGAGGGGCUCCAGUCAGCCUACACGGUGGCCCACGAGCUGGGGCACGUGCUCAGCAUGCCCCACGACGACUCUAAGCCCUGUGUUCGGCUCUUUGGGCCCAUGAGCAAACACCACAUGAUGGCUCCACUCUUUGUCCACCUGAACAAGACGCUCCCCUGGUCUCCCUGCAGUGCCAUGUACCUCACGGAGCUCCUGGACCAUGGCCACGGGGACUGCCUCCUGGAUGCCCCCGCAUUGACCUUUCCCUACCCCACAGACCUCCCAGGCAGCAGGGCCCUCUAUGAUCUGGAACAACAGUGCAAGCAGACCUUUGGGCCCAAUUUCCACCAUUGCCCCAACACCUCUGCACAGGACAUCUGCACCCAGCUUUGGUGCCACCCAGCGGAUGAUGAGUCCAUUUGCCACACGAAGAAUGGCAGCCUUCCCUGGGCUGAUGGCACACCCUGUGGGCCUAAACACCUCUGCUUGGAUGGCAUCUGUCUACCUAAGGAGGAAGUCAAGUGGCCCAAGGAUGUGAUAGAUGGAAACUGGGGCCCAUGGGGGCCCUGGGGAGAAUGUUCUCGGACCUGUGGAGGAGGAGUCCAGUUUUCACACCGUGAGUGUGAGAAUCCAGAGCCUCAGAAUGGAGGAAGAUACUGCCUGGGUCAGAGAACAAAGUACCAGUCGUGCCACACAGAGGAAUGCCCCCCUGAUGAAAAAAGCUUCAGGGAGCAGCAGUGUGAGAAAUAUAAUGCCUACAACUUCACUGACGCAGAUGGGAAUCUCCUGCAAUGGAUCCCCAAAUAUGCAGGGGUGUCACCCCGGGACCGCUGCAAGUUGUUCUGCCGAGCUCGGGGGAGAAGUGAGUUCAAAGUGUUUGAAGCCAAGGUGAUCGAUGGCACUCUGUGUGGUCCAGAGACUCUGGCCAUCUGUGUCCGGGGCCAGUGCGUGAAGGCUGGCUGUGACCAUGUGGUGGACUCACCUAAGAAGCUGGACAAAUGUGGGGUGUGUGGGGGCAAAGGCACCUCAUGCAGGAAGGUCUCCGGGUACUUCACACCCACUAGUUAUGGCUACAAUGACAUCGUCACCAUCCCAGCUGGUGCCACAAACAUUGAUGUGAAACAACGGAGCCACCCAGGAAUCCAGAACGAUGGCAACUACCUGGCGGUAAAGACUGCUGAUGGGCAGUACCUGCUCAACGGCAACCUGGCCAUCUCUUCCAUAGAACAGGACAUCUUUCUGAAGGGGACCAUCCUAAAGUACAGUGGUUCCAUUGCCACCCUGGAGAGGCUGCAGAGCUUCCGGGCACUACCUGAGCCUCUGACAGUGCAGCUCCUGACCAUCCCUGGUGAGAACUUCCCUCCUAGAAUCAAAUAUACCUUCUACAUUCCCAAUGACAUGGACUACAGCAUACAGAACAGCAAAGAGAAAGCAACCACCAACUUCAUUGAGCCACUGCUCCAUGUGCAGUGGGUGCUGGGAGACUGGUCUGAGUGCUCGGCUACAUGUGGAGCUGGCUGGCAGCGGCGAACUGUGGAAUGCAGGGACUCCUCAGGCCAGGCCUCUGCCACCUGUGACGAGGCUCUGAAACCUGAGGAUGCCAAAUCCUGUGAAAGCCAAUCAUGUCCCCUGUGA